UGUGCAUGAAGGCUCAGCUCAGAUGUGAGAGGACCACGACGCGCGAACACAGUCCUCAAUUUCUCAUUGACAGCAUUUUCACCAGUUACUCAGAUCCGUAUACGCUAGAGGUGAAGGUGUAUAUAUUCAUACAUUCAUACAAUAACAUACAUUCGCGAGCGUCGGUUGUCAGUGAUCUUUCGGAGGAUUCAUCCCGGGAGAUUGAAUGGAAGCGGCGGCUGAAGGGGCGAGCAGCCUGUCUGAGGCCGCGGAUGGGAGUCCAUUAUCCGGGGCACCGGCAUCCGAGGACUCGGGGACGGGCGAUGUUGACGCGGAUGCUACAUCGAAAAAGGCGUUCAUCACAGAGAUGCCCUCUUCUUCAGGCCAGCCGGCCCACAUAAAGAAGAUCGGACACAGAGGAGUGGACGCGUCGGGAGAGACCACUUACAAGAAGACGACAUCAUCAGCACUCAAAGGGGCCAUUCAGCUUGGCAUUGGCUACACUGUCGGGAACUUGAGUUCCAAGCCCGAGCGUGAUGUGCUCAUGCAGGAUUUCUAUGUGGUGGAGAGCAUAUUUUUUCCCAGUGAAGGGAGCAACCUGACGCCAGCCCAUCAUUUCCCAGACUUCCGUUUUAAAACGUACGCCCCCGUGGCCUUCCGGUACUUCAGAGAGCUCUUCGGUAUACGGCCAGAUGACUAUUUGUAUUCAUUGUGUAAUGAGCCGUUGAUCGAGCUGUCCAAUCCCGGAGCGAGCGGCUCCGUCUUCUAUCUCACCAAGGACGAUGAGUUCAUCAUCAAAACAGUCAUGCACAAAGAAGCAGAGUUCUUGCAGAAACUCCUGCCGGGCUAUUACAUGAACCUAAACCAGAAUCCUCGCACCUUAUUGCCCAAGUUCUUUGGGUUGUACUGCGUACAAUCGGGUGGCAAGAACAUUCGGAUGGUGGUCAUGAACAACGUGCUGCCCAGGGUGGUGCGCAUGCACCUCAAAUAUGACUUGAAGGGAUCCACCUACAAGCGACGGGCCUCCAAGAAAGAGCGGGAAAAGGCGAGACCCACUUUUAAAGACCUCGACUUCAUGCAGGAUGUGCCGGAUGGACUCAUGCUGGACACGGACACUUAUAACGCCCUGGUUAAAACAUUACAGAGAGACUGUUUGGUCUUGGAGAGCUUUAAGAUUAUGGAUUACAGUUUGCUGUUGGGAGUUCAUAACAUCGAUCAGGCAGAGAAAGAGCAGCAAAUGGAGGGAUCUCAGGGCAACAGUGAUGAGAAGAGACCGCUGGCACAGAAAGCGCUUUACUCCACUGCCAUGGAGUCCAUACAGGGAGCGUCUGCCUGUGGAGAGGACAUUGACACGGAUGACACAAUGGGUGGUAUUCCUGCGGUCAACGGUAAAGGCGAGCGUCUAUUACUGUACAUCGGAUUAAUUGACAUCCUGCAAUCAUACAGGUUAAUAAAGAAGUUGGAGCACACGUGGAAGGCUUUGGUGCAUGAUGGGGACACCGUCUCUGUACACAGACCGUCGUUUUAUGCCGACAGAUUCUUCAGAUUCAUGAGCACUACUGUAUUCAGGAAGACUUCCUCAUUGAAAUCUUCACCGUCGAAGAGGGGUCGAGGGGGUCUAAUCAAAUGCACCGGUCCCUGGUCGGCCAGCCAGCUGCAGUUCAUGAAGGACGAAAACAUUUAUGACCUGAGAGGAACUCGGAGCUUCCCUACUUUGGAAGAUGAUGGCCGGGCAGACGUGCUCCCCUGCACUCCUCCGUCCUUCGAGGAGGCCACAACAGCCUCCAUUGCGACCACGCUCUCCUCCACCACCUCUCUGUCCAUUCCAGAACGCUCUCCGUCAGACACCUCCGAGCACCCACGCUACAGGAGGCACACCCAGUCUAGCCAUGAAGAAUCAAUGCAGGAUGAGGACCAGCAGACCAUCACAGUGGAGGUGGAAGUGGAGGGACGGUAUGAGAGUGAGCCCACCCUGACGGCCCCCCAGUCAUCGCCGGAGAUCAGCGAAGUUCCAGAGGUGUUUUUAGAAGCUUCGUCGUCGUCCUUCACGGCAAGUCCCAGGAUAAUUGUAGAAUCUGACGGCGGCAGUCAAGCCUCGGGAGGCACGAGCCGCGCUUCUGUGGAUGAGGAUGAUGACGUGCCAAUUACAGACAUCUAUUUUCCUUCAGAGGACAGUACCUGGGUUUAUUCUCCUCUACACUACAGCGCAGGGUCUGAGACUCUGCCUGGAGAAGAGGAGGAAAGCGAGACAUAAUCGGACUUCACAGUACGAGUGGCAGCUACAAGAUGUAGACGCUGAAGGCGUAUCAGGAACUUCUACUGUCUGAAUCACAUCACGUUUGAGCCGACAGCUACUACCCGCGGAUCCACUUGAUCUCCGUCAGUUUCAUUGUCUUAACACAUUCGACAAAUAACAGAGCUAGUAAUAACGUCACAUGUUUAUAACGAAAAUGUUCAUGUCGAAAUAUUUCACCCCUCGUUCAUUUGCAUACUGUGAAUAUGCAACUCAAGUAGUCCUCUAGUUAUGUGUUAUAUGAUCACUUGACGUAAAAACGGCCUUCAUUGAACUACACAGGUUUAUAAUGCACUUCACCUUAUGUCAGCUGGUUGCGUUUCCAUAGCUAUUCUUUAUAAUUUUUGCAAAUUACUCAAAUGGCAGACAAUUUGCUGGAAUGAUUCGUUUUUGCAAAUGUUUAAUGGCUAUACGUUGUAUGAAAUUCGGCAAUAACCAAAGUACCAUACGUUUUUCAAACUGUAAUUUCAGAAAUAGGAGUGAUUUUGGAAGCUGCUGUUGAUUUUUAUUUAAAAGGUUUAGCCAGAAGUUGAACGAGCUAUUGUAGAUAAACCACAAGAUGUGACCAAAACUUACUGUGUGGGAGGCCAAAAUAUUUUAUAACCUUUUACCACAUCACAAUCAUCACUAGCAAAAAUGUUACAUUUAGGUGUUAAAAUGUAAAUCUUUAUGUAAAGAAUUUGUGCGCGCAUGUGUGUUUGUGGUUUUAAGCGAGCAUUAUUUGUUUGUGCAGAGUAGCACGCACAUAUUUUGGUUGCCUUCAUUUUUAUUUCGUGUCAACCCGAAUCCUGUUGUAGUUGUUGGUUCACCAAUGGUAGUGUCUUAUAUAAUUUGUAAAUAGAUCUAUAAAUAUGUACACAAACGA